UUGGUCCAAAGUUUCCUAUUGUCAUUGGAGCACAUUUAUGUAAAGAAUAAUCCAUUCAGCAAUUCAUUUGUACAUUUGUUUUCAUCAUUGAAGAGUUUGAAGAAAAUGCUUUCGAUUGAAGCUGCUAUAUCACGGGCUAUAAAGUAUAGAAAUCAUGGCGUUUUAAUAAGCGAAACGUUUGACUUAGCUCGUAAGCAAGCUACAGAAGCUAUCAACAGAGGUCAAAUUCCAUUUCCUGUAGUUGUAAAAGAUUGUUUCACAUUGAAAGAUGUUCGAACAACAUGCGCGUCCAAAAUGCUGGAGAAUUAUGUUCCUUCCUAUACCGCAACUAUUGUAUCGAGGCUUAUCGAGAAUGGUGGAUGUGUUAUUGGCAAAGGUAACUUAGACGAGUUCAGUAUGGGAACUUCCAGUGCGCUUGGUUAUUUCGGGCCUGUAAAAAGUGGACUAUCAGAGGAAGUUGAAACGGAUUGGUAUGUUCCGGGCGGUUCAUCCGGUGGCCCUGCAGUAGCGGUUCAGUUAGGAAUAGCCAAAAUGAGUUUGGGCACUGACACAGGCGGGUCAACUCGAAACCCAGCAGCUUUAAAUGGCAUAUUUGGCUUCAAGCCUACUUAUGGUCUACUUUCAAGAUACGGACUAAUACCUUUGGUCAAUUCUCUUGAUUCCCCUGCGAUAUUUGCAACAUCGGCUGCGGACUGUUUGCUGUAUUUAGACAUGAUGAAAGGUAUGGAUCCGAAUGAUCCCACGUCUGUGGAUGAUCAGAAUUGUACGUCUGAUGCUUCUUUGGAAGGGUUAAAAAUAGGCAUCCCAAAGGAAUAUAAUAAUGACUUUCUCACGGACGAAUCUUGGAAGGUUUGGAAUCAGACAGCUCUUCUCAUGAAAGACAGAGGUGCUACACUCCAUGAUAUAUCCUUACCUUCAACUGAAUAUUCUCUUGACUGUUAUCAAGUUUUAUCUGCAGCAGAUAUUGCCUCGAAUAUGGCAAGAUAUGAUGGUGUAGCUUAUGGUCAUCGAUCUCAUAAUGAGACAUCAACUCUAGAGUUGUAUGCAAAGUCACGGAGUGAAUCACUGAAUGAAACGGUCAGAAAGAGGAUAAUGGCGGGAAACUAUUUUUUAAUGAGAGAGAACAAAGUAAAAUAUGUUGAUCACGCAAAAAAAGUCAGAAUGCUUAUAUCUAAAGAAUUUCAAGAAGCUUUUCGUUCGGUUGAUCUAAUCUUAACUCCUACUGCCACUGGCUGUGCUCCUCUACACUCAGAACAAACGACUUCAAAUUUUCUGAGAGAGGAUAGAGAUGAUUAUUAUACUCAACCAGUUAAUUUGGCAGGGCUUCCUGCUAUAUCAGUCCCGAUCGGAAGAGGACAUAAUAAACUGCCGAUAGGAGUUCAGAUUAUAGGAAAUUUAUUAAAAGAUAGUACGAACCCUUCCUCCUGCGAUUCCUCGGUGCCUCAAUCUUGUAACUAUCCUACGAGUAGCUCUGAGCCUACUACUCAUGAUGAGAUUGUUACAGAUCCCUAUGCUAUAACAUCCGGAAAAGGGAAUGAAGGAUCUUCAAAUACGUCUUCACCAGCAGUAGCGAACUCUGUUCCUCCUUAUCAGGAGCCGCAUUAUCCCGAACCUUCAGGACAGGGUGCAAUGUAUUAUUCGUCUGAAGUGAUUAACAGAGAUUCGGAGGAUUAUGAGCUUGAAAAGUUUGAUAACAUUGUGCAGUGGUAUUAUAGAAACCAAAAUAAGAUUCAAACACUGGAUAAAAUUAAUAACAAUAAUAAGAAUGGAAAUGUGAUCAAUAACACUGAGAACGUGGCUAAUAAUGGGUGUGAUGAAUAUGGAAAGGAAGGUGAUGGCGAGAAGAUAAGGACCAAACGAAAGCUUAACGAUGAAGAAAAUGUUCCAUCUGUCAAACGGUUCCUCCCUAAUGAUGUGAGCGUGAGUUCUCCUCAGGAGAACGAGAGCGGUUUGUCCGUAUCCCAAGAAUCGUCUGCUACCGAAGAUGAAAACCCAUUGAGAAGAAUGGAGUUAAUGACAAAUUCCACUGCUUUUGUUAGUGCCAGUGGUAUUUCUGAUGCCAUCAGUGAAGCGAAAAAAGAUGAAAGAGCAGGCAAAGCAGAAAAGGAUAUGACAGAACAAAAGAAUCGUGUGCAGUUACAGCAUCACCAACAACACCAACAACAUCAACAACACCAGCUUCAUCAGCAACUUCAACAUCCACAGUUUCAUCCUCAGCAGCAGAUGCAUCAAUAUCAGCAUAUGCAUCAACAGCAAUAUCUCUAUCAACAAUAUCAUCAACAACAGUUAAAUACUCAACUUCCCCAAAAUCAAACUACUCAACCACUAACGCACUUACCAGCUCAAGCACAAUCUCAACCGCAGCCUCCUUCUCUGGCUGCCCAAGAACCGUCCCCAUCAUCGCAAUCACACUCUCAGCAGAAUCCUCAAACUGUUCCUCAAGCUCAGUCGUCUGUUCAAACUGUUCCACCUCACUUGAAUCAUAUAGCUCAGCCUCAACUGCAAAUCCCUUCUCAGCCUCAAGGCAACGGGCAGAAUCAGCAACCACCAAAUGCUAGUCACAUUCAUCAACAGCAGAUGCAUGCGCAACAAAUGCAGCAUCAACAACAAAUGGCGAUGUAUCAUCAACAGAUGAUGGAACGUCACCGUAUGCACCCUAUGUCAUCCCCUGCUCCCUACUUACCAAUGUCAUCUCCUGCUUACCCGCCUUAUCCACCUAAUGGUUUAGGCUUUCAACACCCUGCUUAUUCUCCUGCAUUCAGCCCAAUGAUGGGUCCAGGACCAAUGCCACGACCAGGUAUGGCUCCUUCCCCUGGAGGUUAUCCUCAUCCUGGGAUGCAAGGAUAUCGACCGAUGCCUAUGAUGCACCCAGGACAUCCAAUGUACUUACCUCCUCAUGCUCGUGGUAUGAUGCCUCCAGGAAGGUCACCAUCUAUGGGCUAUCCACAUUCGACACCGUUCCCUCCUGGUUAUAUGCCUGGAAUGCCCCCACCACCUAGUGCUCUGAGCGGACCUCUUCCAUAUAUCAAUGGGCCACCUUCAGGAGUGAUUGGGGCUCCUAACUCUGCUCCUCCAGCUGAUAAAAAUCUCAACUCACCGUAUGCGCCGAACCAGGUUCCAAAAUCAAUCGGACAAGACCCACCACCGGGAGGAAUGCUAGUUGUCAGUCAAGGUAAAUCUGACUGUGAAAGAAGUAAUUAUCCUACUCUGAUGACGGACCCAAAUGCUUUACCUGGAUUUGCUCCGCCUUAUUCUAAUAUGUCGGGAUCACAAAUGCAGCAGCCACCUUGUCCUCCGUCUUCUUGUCCUCCUCUAUCAUAUCAGCCUCCCUCAUGUCCGCCACCAUCAUGUCCUCCUUUAUCAUAUCAGCCGCCAUCGUGCCCACCCCCGUCGUGUCCUCCUUCAUGUUAG